AUGGCAGCAGCAGCCCAAGUCUCCUCCUGGAGCGCCCUCCCGGCUCCCGCGCACUAUCCAACGCAACGCUUUGCGCCACAUCCGCACUGCCCCACCCCCACAUACGCAUCAACCAGCAUGCCGUCGUACCACACGCUCGAGUCCACCUCUCGUGUCCCCUCCCCACCGCGACCCAUGGGUCCCAUGGGGUACGACUACCUUCCCUCGCCUUCCGAGUACACCUCGCACCUCCCACCGAAAAAACGAACCCGCUCCAAACUCUACCCGUCCGAAGAGGCACGAAUGGCCGCCAAGAUGGUGCAAAAGGCCAAGAGGCGGGAGCAGAACCGCAAUGCGCAGCGUCGAUUGCGGGAUCGCAAGGAGGAACAUAUUUUCACGCUCGAGGGGGAGGUGAGUGGGUUGAGGAGGGAGUUGGAGGAGGAGCGGGCGGCCAGGGAGGGGUUGGAGGAGAUGGUGAGGCGGUUGGUGGGCGAGAGGGAUGAGUUGAGGAGAAGGGUGGGGGAGGGAGAGAGGGAAGAGGGGUACGAGAGGGAGAGAAAGGAGAGCAGCGUGUCGACUGCGAGUUCGACGAGCGUGGCUACGCCUUCGCCGGAGGAGGGCAGGGGAAGGGGAAGUAUGCCCCUCACACCGAGGUCGGGCACGUUUCCGCCUCUGGGGACGAUGGGAGCGGGGAUGGGAUUGGGAAUGAAGUCCCCAACACAGGUCAUGCUGCCUAGGAUGAAGCUCGUCGACUCGACUCAGGAGGGAUCGAUGAUGCAGAGCACGCUCCUCCCCCCCGUCUCAGCUUUCCAGUGGAACCUGCACUGA